GAUUCUUGCAGUUUUUGACAAGUUGUUUUAGUCGAUAGCUGACGUUUUCGUUUCAUUCCUUUCGUCGCAAACAUUUUCUACUCCUUUGACUCGCUGCCAGUUUUGCUGGUGAAAUUUCGUGUAAAUUUGCCGUAAAACUUGCACCAGGACGCCAAAAUGAAACCGCUAAUGUUACAAGGGCACGAGCGUGCCAUAACGCAGAUCAAAUACAACCGGGAGGGAGAUCUGAUUUUCUCCACGGCCAAGGAUCACAAGCCCUCGGUUUGGUUCUCGCUGAACGGCGAACGGCUUGGAACGUUCAAUGGCCACCAGGGAGCCGUCUGGUGUGUGGAUGUGGACUGGACUACGACCAGGCUGAUCACCGGCAGUGGUGACAUGUCUACCAAAUUGUGGGACGUCGAAACGGGCCGUGCCCUCGGAACCAUUCCUACCAACUCGGCUGCCCGUACGGUCAACUUCAGCUACUCCGGCAACCAGGCAUCUUACUCGACCGACAAAGCUAUGGGUCACAACUGCGAGCUAUUCAUCAUCGACGUGCGGAAUGUGGACUCCAGCAUUAGCAAUCAGAGCCCGGUCCUGAAACUGACCAUGAACCAGCAGCAGACGAAGAUUACUUCCAUGCUGUGGGGAGCGUUGGACGAAACGGUCAUCACCGGUCACGAGAACGGAUCGAUGCGCGUUUGGGAUCUGCGCACGGCCAAGGAACUCUACUCGGUCAACGAUCACACCCACGUCAUCAACGAUAUGCAGCUCUCCUCGGAUGGCACCAUGCUGGUAUCGGCCUCGAAGGACACCACGGCCAAGCUGUUUGAUUCGGAAUCGCUGAUGUGUUUGAAGACGUACAAAACCGAACGUCCGGUCAAUUCGGCUGCCAUCAGCCCAAUCCUGGAGCAUGUCGCGCUGGGAGGUGGUCAGGAAGCCAUGGAGGUCACAACAACGUCGACCAAGGCCGGCAAGUUCGACAGUCGGUUCUUCCAUUUGGUGUACGAGGAGGAAUUCGCUCGCGUUAAGGGCCAUUUCGGUCCUAUCAAUAGUUUGGCCUUCCAUCCGGAUGGCAAGAGUUACGCGACGGGUGGUGAGGACGGUUUUGUGCGUGUUCAAGUUUUCGAUUCUUCCUACUACGACUUCGUAUUUGAGUAAAGCGAGAUACGAACGAAGGAAUUAUUUUGUUCGAAAAUUGUAUUUAAUUUCCGUGUGAUUCGUUAGGCAGUGCGAAAAGAGACUUGAAAACGACGUCAGAUAACAAAGCAACAAAAGGAAGAAAAGUGUUCGUGAGGAAGGGUCCCUUGCAGGAAGAACUGGAACAUUAUUUUUGGGUAUCAAACUAAACAGGGAUACAAUGUUUCGGGGCGAUUAUCAACUUCAACCAUGGAUGAAUAAAUUAAGACAGUUGAUAACGUACAGAAAA